AUGGCAGACCCUAUAGGAGAAGCAACUUGCAGAUCUGUGGAGCGCAUUUUCGACGCCGUCCCCUUUAACAAAAGUGAUAGGAAAAAGCUCCAAUUCGAGGACAAGAAGCUAAACCACUUCUUCGAAAAUGGGAUACUCAAUUACAGCCUCGUUGAGGUGGUGGGCGCGUCGGGCAGCGGCAAAACGCAGUUCGCCCUGACCCUCUGUGCAGAGCUCCUUUUAAAAAUUAUUGAAGAGAAAAAACAGGCCAUAGUUUUUUAUGUGUACUUUAAUCGAAUGUUCCCCAUGCGAAGGUUGGAAGAAAUAGUUAGGAGGAAGUUGGAGUUGAGGGGGGGACAUAGUAGUUGUAAGGAACCGCAUGGAGGGGGUAACACGUGUGGCUGCAUCAACAGGGGGAAUGAAAAGAGGACGGAGCAGGUGGAGGGGUCUGCACGAAUGGGAAACCAUCAUCAGACAGAUCAUGAGCAGACGUGGCAUGACGAGGCAGGCCAGCCAAACCCGCACCACGCGCAGAAUUGUCCCGUCCGAAGUGCGCUGCAAAAUUUGUACAUACAAAAAAUAAACGAAGAAAAGGAAUUCUUCCAGUUAAUAAAAAAAGACAUAAACUAUAUACUGAAACACCACCAGAUUUCCCUCCUUGUGGUAGAUUCAUUAAACUGUCUCUUUAAUGGAAAUGAUAAAAUGGAAGUAUACAGAAAGUGCCAACUCUUUACAGCCAUCUCUCAAUCUAUGAAACAACUGGCAUACGAUAAUAACUUUUUCUUAUUGGUACUUAACAGUUGGCACCCACGGAAGGACUACAUCCAUUUUUCCUUCAACCUUUUUGACUAUGUCAUUAACUCUUCCUUUUCUAAUACGAUCAUAUAUUUUAAAAAGAGGAAGAGAAAAAAUAAAAUUGAUCGCAGGAUGAUCAUAAAGUGUUCCGAAUUUUUGCGAAAGUAUAAAUCGAUGCGCUUCGAAAUUAACGACUCCGGGUUUAGCGUUCCC